AUGAAUUCAAUUGGAUUGAUUUUAUUAAUGAUAUGUUUGGUGGUAGGAUAAGAUUUUACACCAUUGGAUGAUUUCGUUGAAUAACAAAUAUACUAGAAGAGAUUUCCAGGUGCUGUGAUUGGCAUACAUUUAAAUAUGGAAGAACUGAAUAUGCAGGUGAUCCAGAAGACUAACCUCUUUUGAAAACAUCAAUAUUUGAUUUAGCAAGUGUAAGUAAAGUAGUUGAAUGUACAACAGCAGCAAUGAUGCUUUGGGAAAAAGGUUAAAAUAUAUUUAAAUCGAUUAAUAGGAAGAUUAAACAUUGAAGAGAGUGUUCAAUACUAUGUACCAGAAUUUCCACAUUCAACUGUUAGAAUACGACAUUUAUUAUUACAUAAUUCAGGUUUGCCAGCAGAUGCUCCUUUAGGAAAUAGAAUGUGGACAAAAGAAGAAGUCUUGGAUUGGUUAUAUACAAAAAGUACUUUAUUAUAAGCACCUGGAGAAAAAUACAUUUAUAGUGAUUUGAGUAUGGUUACACUUCAAUAAGUAAUAGAAAGAAUCACAGAAUAAAAAUUAGAUGUUUAUUUAGAUGAAAAUAUUUUUAAAACUCUUUAUUUGUAAUCAACUAUGUUCAAUCCUUCCUCUGAUUUAAAGUAAUAAUAACUUAAAUUAGAUAUCGUAUACUUCCAACAUAAAGAGAUGAAGUUGUUAGAAAGAGAUUGAUAUGGGGAGAAGUACAUGAUCCAACAGCCUAUAACUUAGGAGGAGUUUCUGGUAAUGCUGGAUUAUUUUCUACUGUCUACGAUCUUAUAAAAUUUAUGCAAAUGAUGUUAGGGAAGAACUCAUUAUUUAAAUACCAAACAUUAUUAUAACAUAUCAAAAUAGUAGAGCUUUAGGUUGGGAUACAGUUCCUAUUCAAACUUAUCUAAAAAUUCAUUCGAACACACUGGAUAUAUAAGCACUUCUGUUUGGGCUGA